ACAUCUAGAAACCUCUAUCUAGAGUAUAUGUGGCAACAAUGCUCUUGUGCAUUGGGUGAACUCCAGAACCACAGAAACGAUGGGUUAGAAAACUCUCCAAAACUUAAAUGGAUUACAAAGCACUCUCGUUACAAAACCAAACUCAUUAAAUCCUUUACACAAGCCAUAAUUAAUGGUGCAAUGAUUGAGUCUAACGUGAGUCGGAGUUGCGAGUGGUGCGCUGGAGGAGGUGAAGGGACCGGCGCGCACUUGGAUGAAAAUCACUCAGACCACAGUCUGAGCCCGACAGGACACUUGGUAGUCGCGGUGUGCCUUGGAUUCAUCGGAACUUUCGGCUUUCUCAACAACACGCUCGUGCUCGUCCUGUUCUGUCGCUACAAAGUGCUGCGCUCGCCUAUGAACUGUCUCCUGAUCAGCAUCUCAGUGAGCGAUCUGCUGGUCUGCGUACUCGGCACUCCGUUCAGCUUCGCCGCCAGCACGCAGGGUCGCUGGCUCAUCGGGCGCGCGGGAUGCGUGUGGUACGGUUUCAUCAAUUCAUUCCUGGGUGAGUCUCU